AUGGCAUCUGGAAGGUUUCGCUCCACGCGACGCCUGCGUUCCUGGAUAGUGGAACAGGUGAACAGUGGGAAGUAUCAUGGCCUAGUGUGGGACAACCAUGAGAAAACCAUGUUUCGUAUCCCAUGGAAACAUGCUGGAAAACAAGAUUUCCGAACUGACGAAGACGCAGCUAUUUUCAAGGCUUGGGCGGAGUUUAAAGGGAAGCUUUUGGAAAAUGGAAAUUCAGACCCUGCAUCCUGGAAAACUCGACUACGCUGUGCCCUCAACAAAAGUCCAGAGUUUAGUGAGGUCACUGAAAGGUCACAGUUCGACAUCUCAGAACCCUACAAGGUGUACCGCCUCGUACCACUAGAAGAACAAGGAGUGGUGAAAGUAAAAAAAGAGAAUGGACAGAAGCCAGCGAGGAGCAGCAGAAGGAGACGCAGUGAAUUCGAGCAAGAUGAGCAGCAGAUUGCAUGCAAAAAGAUCAAAGAGGAGGUCUUUGUGCCCCAGCCCAUCAACAUGAGUGCACAGGAAAUCAUCCCACACACAGGAAGAGAGAUCACACUCCAUGCAGAUGUGGAGACAAACCCCUUAAAGACUGACACAAGGGUGCACUCUUUCCACAUAACCGUGCUCUACAUUGGUCAGGAGGUUCUGCGGCGAGAAGUAAAGGGUAAAGAUGUUCGGAUCGCUUACCUGCCUCCCUCACCUGUCCCUCCAACUCCACUGUCUCUAAACGGCACUGGCUUUCAUCGAAUCCCUCUCCCAGACCCCCCAUCAGACAUGAGCUCUGACCCCAGCCUUGCCCCACGUUUGAUGGCUCUUAACAAAUUGCUGCCCUUCACGGAGAGUGGAGUUGUCCUGACCUUGACAGGAGGAGCCAUCUAUGCCAAGCGCUUCUGUCAGGGAGACGUGUUCUGGAGAGGACCACAUAACACCACCACAGGACCCUGUAAAAUGGAGAGAGCAUGCGUGCCCACCCAGCUGUUCAGCAAGGAUAUAUUCAAACAGGAGCUGGAUUCUUUCCGCAGUGGAGGAAAACAACCUCAAAGUGAGAUCACGCUGUGUUUUGGAGAAGAGCUGUGUGAUGGAGAUAACGUAGAUGAAAAACACAUCAUCAUUAAGAUAUCUAUCCCCUGGGUUGGGUCGCAGAUAAAAGAGGUUAAGACCCUCAGAGAUUCUAUUGCAAUUUCCAAAAGUUUGGCACAGGGGAAGUGACGCUGAACUUUGUUGAAGUAUUGCAGCGGUUACAAACCUUACUGUAUUCUUGACAUUAAGGAAC